AAAAAGGUUACAAAAUGUCAAUAAUCGCCAUCACUGUCUUAAAAAGAAAGGAAGGUUAAUUUUCAAUCAUGGCGGAUCACGUCAUGGAGUCAGACGACAAUAAACAAACUGUUUCAAAAAGUAAUAACAAACAGUGGGUAAAGUUAAAUGUAGGUGGUACAUAUUUUUUAACAACCAAAACAACAUUGGCAAGAGACCCUAACUCUUUUUUGUACAGACUGAUACAGGAAGAUAGUGAUCUAAUUUCAGAUAAAGAUGAGACAGGAGCUUAUUUAAUAGACAGGGACCCCAAUUACUUUUCCCCUGUGUUAAAUUACCUUAGGCAUGGAAAACUGGUAAUUAACAAAGGUCUAGCAGAAGAAGGUGUGCUAGAAGAAGCAGAAUUUUACAAUAUUGCUGAAUUAAUCACUUUAGUUAAGAGGAGAAUUCUGCAUAGAGAAAGCAAACCUAGUAAAGAUGGUAAAAAACAUGUUUAUAGGGUUUUACAAUGCCAUGAAGAUGAAUUAACGCAGAUGGUAUCAACAAUGUCUGAUGGCUGGAAGUUUGAACAACUAAUAAAUAUUGGUUCCCAAUACAACUACAAUGCAGAUGAACACGCAGAGUUCUUAUGUGUAGUAAGCAGAGAAUGUGGUAUACCAGAUUGUCCAGAAAUCAAGAGCGAUCGGGAAGACAGAGCGAAGGUCUUGCAGCAGAAAGGUUCUAGAAUGUAGAGUGUAAAAUGUGCUAGAGGUCAGGGAGAUUAUUUAAUGUAAGAACCUAUACAGAUCAUAUCGUAAUAACUUUUCAGUAAAGUUUUAUAUUUUGUUGGUGAAAUUAAUAGUUUCUCGAGUUGAUUUUAUUGUGAAAAUCUGUUAGUUGUUCCAAAUAAUGUAACUACUAAUUCUUUUCUUAGUAACGUCUAUUUGGCGAAUAAAUCAAUUUCAUAUUAAAUAUAUAGAAUAUAAUAUAUACUUUCUGCAAUAUAUUUGAUCUCAGUUUUAUAAUUGAUUUAUUCCCUAAUGACAAAAAUUAACAGACACAGAAAUAACGAAAUUUUGGUAUUUCUAUUCUCCAUCAUUUUGUAUCUCAGUUAAGCACAUUAUAUUACUGUUUCUGCCAUCCAUAGUUUCUAUUCAUAGGUUAUCAAUUCACUGUGGUGAUGCAAUAGUCUCAUAAGGGUAAAUAUUUCAGAAUAAAUUUUUCUUUAAAUAUAUGCCCCAUAUCAUUGUUUUUAAUUCCUCUUUUAACCACUUGAAUGCUGAUGACGCCUAAAAAUGUCAUACCGUUACUACUGUCAGGUGUGCCUGAUGGCUUCGGGCAUCAUAUGAGGAGAUGCACAACAUUAAUUUAGAUGAAAUGAGUGAAAAAUUAUUUCGACCACGAAUCAAGUAAUCUGUUAACCGAGGUACACAGUACCAAGCGGCGCCGCUAGGAGAACACUUCAAUAAUGCGUCGCAGAUUACUUAUAUGAAACGUGGUCAUUUUGUACUCUAAAACCGAGUAAGGCAUGACAAAAAAGAAAAUAAAAUAAUCGUUUCGUUUUGAGUCAAUUCGAGUCUCUUGCCGUCCUCUGACACCUGAUGUUUUGGAAUCUAUUCCUUGUCAAAGAGGCUUUGCAAGUAGACUGAAUUGGACCAUAACGACACGAGGAAGUGCAAAUAUUAAAAUAUUUGCACCGGAGUAUGAAAAAUAAUUUCGACCACGAAUCAAGUAAUCUGUUAACCGAGGUAUACAGUACCAAGCGGCGCCGCUAGGAGAACACUCCAAUAAUGCGUCGCAGAUUACUUAUAUGAAACGUGGUCAUUUUGUAUUCUAAAACCGAGUAAGGUAUGACAAAAAAGAAAAUAAUCGUUUCGUUUUGAUUCAAUUCGAGUCUCUUGCCAUCCUCUGACACCUGAUGUUUCGGAAUCUAUUACUUGUCAAAGAGGCUUUGCAAGUAGACUGAAUUGGGCCAUAACGAAACGAAGAAGAAGAAGGCGUCGCUUGGUACUGUAUACCUCGGUUAACAGAUUACUUGAUUCGUGGUUGAAAUUAUUUUUCACUCAUUUCAUCAUUUCCCGUUAGAGGACAGUCUAACCAUACUCCGAUGCAAAUAUUUUAAUAUUUGCACUUCUUCGUUUCGUUAUGGUCCAAUUCAGUCUACUUGCAAAGCCUCUUUGACAAGGAAUAGAUUCCGAAACAUCAGGUGUCAGAUGAUGGCAAGAGACUCGAAUUGAAUAAAAACGAAACGAUUAUUUUCUUUUUUAUUCAUUUAGAUGUUAGCAUUUGUUUGAUUUUGACUGAAAUAAGUUGUCUUUCUAUUGAAAGUGUAGAUAGAACUGUGUUUAUAACGUCAGUUUAGAUUCAUAUUAUGAAUUAAGCAAUUCCAGGGCUAUCUUGACCAAAACACUACAAUGUAAAUGUAGCGAAGAAUCAAGUCAGCACCCAGGUCGCGUUAUGCAUAUUUCGUUAGCAAUGAAAGAGUUAACGUUGUGAAUGACCUUAUGAAUAUGUAACCUUAUGAAUUACCAAUUUUUGUUAGUAUUUUGUUACAUUUUAAACUGAAUUUAUGACGUUAGCAUGAUAUGGUCUGAAUAGGUGUAAAACAUUGAAAUUGGAACAAGAAAUUAUUAAAGAAGAUUGUGUCUAGAUGGGUUUUCUACAGUUGCAUUUAUAUAAUCUUAAUUUGUACAAAAUAUGUGAGAAUGUCCUAGAUAUUGGCCUUUAUGGUUGAUUUUAUUUGGAUGUUCCUUCUCUGUUAAGUGCUUUAUUUAACCUCUUAGUAUAGUUGGGUUAAUAUUUAAAAGUGUUGUUGCAGUUCUAUUGUGACACCAGUUAUUUAAUAUUAGCCCAGAUACAUGUCUUCUUUGAUUGGAUGCUGCGAGAGGAUUGAAAGUGUAAUACAAAACAAAUAAAUAAAAAAAAAUUAAUAUGUAAUGCAAAAAACAUUCAGGUAUUUUUUUAUUUAAUGCUAUGCUUCAACAAAGUAUCAUUUAUACGAAAUAAUUAAAAAUUAUGAUAUAACGAUUAAAAGAAGCAUUUGCCAAAAUCACUUUAGUUUGAUUGAAAUAGCUUCUAAUUUAUUAAAACAAUAUUUUUAUAUUUAUUUUUGGAAAUGUUAUUAGAAAUGAGCUCAAAUUGUUGUUAUUCGGUACUUCUUCUCCUUAUACAUGAGCAAAAACUUUAAUACACAUUUUUGUAGUUUUAUCUUUGGUCAUUUGCUGGUCUUAUCUUUUUACAUUCCUACUCUACUCGGGAUAGAUAAUGGGGACAAGACUUAUUCUGUCUUUUACUUUAGUAAACCAAUUGUACUUCGGUAUUAUAGUGAUAUUUAACUGUUUUGACGCCAUGCCACCUAUAGAGCACUGUUCUUCGCUAUAUCAUUUGAACCUGCAGGGUCCUGGAGUCUGAAACUUCCAGCAGCUGAUACCAAGCUGAUGCUAGCCAUCUUAAUCCAGCAUUUUUGAUAUCAGCUACGAUAUUGGGCGAGAAAUACAAAGGUAAAACUCUACAAAACAAUAAUAUGCCCAGUCCUAACAUAUAUAGAUCAGAGACCUGGACUCUAACAAAAGUAAUGAAAAUAUGUUGGGAUGUUAUAAAAGGCGAAGGCGAAUCUUUGGAGCAAUGAAUGACACUAGUGUCGAUAAGAGGAUACAACUUCAAACUUUAUAGAGUAUAUCUGGAAUCAGAUAUGGUCAAAUACAUUAAGAUAGGACAUGUAAGAUAGGUAGGGCAUAUAAGGCAGAUGGAACAAACUGACCCAAGUAGAAGAACGCUCUUUAAUAGACCCAUUGGUCAGAGAACAGAGAAGAGGGAUACCCAAAACAACGUUCCUUGAUAAAAUCGAUGAAGACUGAAACGGUUUAAAAGAACUUAAUUUUUUGCUUCAUCCAGAAACCUAAAAUCGUAAAUGUACUGUAACAUAUUUUUGUCUCACCCUGUAGACAUAAGAAUAUCGCUUCCUAUGCCAAAUAAAUUCAAGGAAUUUAUUUCUGCCCCGAAAAAACGUGAGAAUAAUUAAAUUGUAGUUUAUCCGUCUGGUUAAAAGAGACGUUAUUAUAUUUUACAGUCAUAGGUAUCUACAUUCGAUUUCCUGUGUUUAAUUUCUCGCCCGUUCAGUUUGUAAUGUAAAAAAGAGUUACAUUGUAUUAUAAUGGUCUUAGGCACCACUAAUCUUGGAAGUUAGAUACACAUACGUGCUAAUGUCAGUAUCAGAGAGCGCAGGUGUUAAUUGUGGACUCGGCAAUAUCUUUCUUGAAAAUGUUAGAACGGAGAGAGGUUUUCUGACUUUGCGAACUGAUUUUUGAUGGUUCCCUACUAAGUAGGUUGGGCUUAGAAUAUGAUUUGUUUUUCCCUAUUGGUCGAUAAUAAGUGUAGGAAGCUUAGUUAUUUUUUUAUUAGUCAAUGAUGAAGGAAGGGAGGAAUGAACUUUUUUCUUAUUGGUUGAUUGGAUGAGUAGGGUAGAAUGAGAGAAAUGGAGUGGGUUUUUGGAAGGAAGCGUUUUGGUUUGAAGAGAUUCAUUCAUUCAAGUUGUGGAUUAAAAAUUGAAAUUUGAGCUUUCAAAGAGAGAGGUUUGUUGAAGCCUCGGCAGAAGCCGCUUUGGCGGUUUUCUGAGAAAGUUAAGUUCGAAGAUUAAGUUCUGACGUAGUUCUUAAUCAAGUUUUUUUUUUAAGUUCCUGAAAAUGUGGAGUAUUAGAAGCAGUACCUAUGUAGUGUUAGAAACUGUUCUCCUUUCGUGACUUCCUAGUCACAAGCCAAAUGCCGCUGUUAGGCAAAGAGCCAGUUUAUUUUAGUGUAGAGUAUGUACACUACCUAAGUUUCUUUUUGUAAGCAGUUAUGGAUUAAGUGCUAAAGAUAAUCCUAAAUACAUCAAAAGUUAUUUAAAAGUCAAUAUGAGCAGAAUCAUUUGGAAGUUUAUUUAGUUUUGCUGAAACUUUUCAUGGAAACAACCUUUUUUGUACUAUUUAUGUAAAUGUGUUUGUAUCUCAUAAUAACUAUAUAUUUUUAUUAACUUUUUAGUUUAGUUAUUUUUUUGAAGUUUUAAGUAUGUUCCGUCUUUCAUUUUUUAUGGCGUCCCCGAGCAAUUGAGUUUCUAUUAUAUUUAAAAUCUAUUAAGAAUCCACACCUGAAGAUUUAGAGCUACCGAGGUACUCCGUAAAGUUACGUAUCACCAAGUAUAGAUAUUUUUAUGUUUGUUUAAUUUGUCAUGUUACAUAUUAUUUUUUUUGCCUUUGUUAUCCACGCUGGUGCUACAUAAAAUGGCUUCCAUUCGUGGGGAUGUUAUAAAGACAUAUGGGAAUACAUGCUUGGCGGAGAAAGGUAAUGAAUAAAGUCGACUGGAGAGAAAUUCUUGAGGCUAGGACCCACACAGGGUUGGAAAUAAAGAAUGAUAAUGAUAUGAUAUUGAGCUCCCCCAACUUCUCACAGAGCUUUAAAAAUGCUCAUAUAAGCUAUUGCUCUUGAUUUCUUACUGUUUCAUGGAUUCUUUUUACAAAAUUUCUCUCAUAUGCCAAUAAGAUCAUGGCUCUCAUAACAAUUGUUAUAGGUAGUGGGAUAUUAUGGUCAUGACCAUGACACUUUUCCAGAAUGUUUCGAAUUCCUGAAAUAUGAUCAAUGGUUGAUCUGUCCAUUCUUGAAAGUCUCCUAAAGCUCUUUCAGCAUACCACUUCAGUCGCUGAACAGCGAGCCCAGAAAGAAUUUUUUAAGUACCAUUUAUUUAUUUGACUGUGCGCACAAGAAUCAUCUUCAACCGCAAGGAUCACAUACGUUCGAUACUAUCCAAUGUUGUGCUGGAAGUUCGACCAGAUCACGGGUCGCUAUCAGUACCUCGGGCUAGUAUAGUACCGAUCCAACAAAGAUGAGAAUUUCUAAUCUUUUUUUUUCUACUUCUGUCGGGAUUAGAACUCACGAACUAUAAGAUUUUGCCUCUCCAUUAUCGCUUGAAAAGUUAAGGAUUGUUUUUAUACAGGGUGUCCCGGAAAAUAGUGCGUUCCUUCAAGGUAUGGGCUAAGUACACCAUUUAGAGCAAAAAGUCUAAUCAAAUUCUUUUGUAAAGUCAACCGUUUUCAAAAAAAUAAUUUAUUCAUUUUAAUGCAUUUGAUUAAUGUCCACAGAAAAGCAAAUACAGCCGGCAACGCUGCGUUCCUUCUUCUGUGUUAAAAUAAUUUUACUGUAACUCAACUAACAUUAAUCAUCGACCAUUAGGCAUAAUACGUAAUACGUAUUACGUAUUUAUAAAAUACUGAUAACAGUGAUAGAAAAACAGCAUAAUAUUUGUGUUUAUUAAUAUCUAAUAAAUAAGGUUUGUAUAGUGUUUUAACUUUAAAACAUGAAAAAUUUUUAUUACAAUCAAGCUACGUCUUCAAGAAGUAUCGAUAGAACAGGUUGCAAAAACUUUGAGUACCCACACUUCUCCAUUCAAUCUUCUGGGAAGUUCGAAUGGUUCAAUCUGGAAUGGAAAUCAUUUCUGGUAAAACAAGCUUUAUCUGCACACAACACUACACAAAAAUUCGGGUUCUCUGAAGAUUUUGUUUGAAACCGUCUACAAAUCCUUAAUAUUCAAGGUAAAUCGCCUUGGUGUAAAUUUUGCACUAAUUGUACACUAUACGUAAUUAACAUGAUACUCGCGAUCGAAAUCAUGACAAUACCAAAUAAAAAAUAAAACAAUACGAUGUAUUCUUGGGUUACAGGUAAUUAUGAUAUGACUGUUUGUGUUUACAAUUUUAAAUAUCUUAGCUAUGUCAAAAUAAAUAAAACUGCUGGGUUGUCAAAUGUAAAUUUUAGUAAAAUACAUUAUUUUAUUUUUUUAAGGCAACAGAUGACUUUAGAAAAAAAAUUAUAAUAAAGUUGUCUUUUAAAUGGUGCAUUCUACCCACACUUUUAAGGAACGCACUAUUUUCCGGGACACCCUGUAUAAUACCUUUUUUAAUAUUGUUCUGAAGCUAUUUCCUUGUGGCAUCUUAUGCAAUUUACUAUUUUAUUUGGGAAUAAGCCACAAUUUAAGUUUGAUAUAAAACAUUAAUAAAUUAAGCAAAUUUUGUUUUUGUUGCUUGGUAAAAAAAAUUCUAGUACCUAAUUUACUUUUAUCUGACUCAUUCAUAUUGACAAUUCAGACAUAUAAUAUUUUAAAGUAGACAACUUUAAAAUGAUAUUGCCAAUAUUUAUGAGUUGCUUCCUGGGACGACUUUAUUGGAAAAUAGUUCAUUCGAUUACAUUUUUAUAAUAUAAUUACAUUUAUUAAUACCUUUUUAAUGCUAAUUUGACUUUCCUUAGAUGAUUGCUUUUAGAUGAUACUAACUUUCAAUCCUCUAGAAUCCAAGUGAUAUUUGGUUGAGUGUUGCCAGCUACUGUUAAAUAUUUCCAAGUCAUAGAUGCUUGAUCAAAUGUUAAGCAUUGUAGCAUAUUUGACAGUUCCAUGGUUUAGUUUCUGUUUCUCGUUUGACCUAUUAAAUGUAUAGCGUUUUUUAUAAAGAUAUAUAUCAUGAUCCUCACGUAUAAAUUGAUAUUUAGAAGAUAUUUCUUUUGUAUUUUGCUUUUUUGCCUUACUUCUAAUGUAAGACUGACAGUCUACAUGGUGUCACGUUGAUAAUUGAAAACAAAACAGUUACUGUAUUUUAAGAACAAAAUAUGACAUUUUGGACGAAGAUAAACAUGAUCAAAUUCACUUGAUAUAUCAUAUCACUGUAUGGUUAUUAUUUGAGGCUAUCAGAGCAACAGUGGUCUAAGACCAAAAACGAAGUUUUCAGACAAAUGCAACCCUGGCAUUCGUAUUUCCAGUAUAUUUGUUAAGGCAACAAUAAAUUAUGUAUGCAGUGCCAUCUAGCCUGAUAUAGAGUAGAUUGUGUAGGCCCCUGUUAAACCGAAGAUCUAAUGUUGCUGCUUUUAUUGAUAUAUUAAUCUAAAAAUGCUCGAUUUGUGGCUUGGCCACUGUUGCUCUGAGGGCCUCAUUUCUGGUUUGGUCUUCCUCAAUAUAAGAAAUAUAACCAAUGCUUUGUACUCUCAUUUCAGUUUAAAAAUUGAUUAAGUGGCGCUAAACUUGUAGGUGGUUGUUUAGAAUAAAAGCGAGAUAGAAAGAUAGAUUUUGAAAAAAAAAUUAUAGAGUAUGUAUAUAGCAAAGUUGAGUGCACACUUAAUACCAUAUAGAUAUGUAACAACGAAUCAAAAGCUCGCAUGAAACAUAGUGCAUAAUUUUUUCGAUAUGAAGAAACAUGCAUCACAUUACAUGAUUUUACGACGUGGAGAUCUAUUAAAUACCGAGACUAUUAUUUAAUGUAAUAACACUUUAUUUUGCUUAUACAAUAAAAAUGCACUAUAUAGAAAUAAACAAACCAAGACACGUUGAAUGUUCGAGGAGCACUCCCAAAUCAUGAUUUGGGAGUGCUCCUCGUGCUUGUUUAUUUCUAUUGCAUCUUUAUUGUGAGUGUAGUGUAGACAAUUGUGUCUCAGAUUAGCGAAUAGACAUAUAUAUUUUUUCUAAAUUUAAGCAAUUACAUAUAUACGUAACCGAUGGUCAGAUUGAACCAUGUUACUGAUCUUUUAGAUGUUGUCAUCCAUUUUUGACGUGUUGAUGACCAUCUUGAAAUCACUUAAAACUUAAAUAGAAAAAACACGUUCACGCUACAGUUACAAUAGUCUUUAUUUCAAGUUCAUUUCAAUCUUCCAGUUUCAGUACCUUUAAGAUUUAUAUAACAAGUCGUUGUUUUACUGUCAGACUUACCAUUUUUUCCUUCGAAACAGAGUAAAGCAACUCGAAAGGUGCUUCUAAAUGAGCCACAUUGUUACUGCAAUAUGUGCCUCCAACACUGACAACAAUGGCCCAGCCAUUUAUGACAGUAUUGAAUGCGGCAGAUGGCUCGGCAAUAUAUAUAUAUAUAUCUCGGCAGCAGUAUGGCCCGUAAAUUUGUUCGUAAACGAAUAAUAUUAUCGGAUAACAUCCAUCAAAAACAUUGAAUGACAAAAUCAUAUUCGUCGUAGCGGCUUAUGUUGUGUUAACCUUCCGAUGACCAACCUUUUUUCGUUACACGGAUGACCAACGGGGGUAAAAAAUGACCCCAGGUCAAAAAUGACCUGGAAUGAAUGUUUUCAGCUUUUAAAUCUUCAUCUAACAAUACAUCCUCGUUUUCUGAUACUAUUUCAUCUUUAUGUUGUUCUGAAGCUAUUUUCUUGUGCAAUGCUUGAAGCAUUUUUACAAUUUUAACUAUUUAUAAUGGGAAAUAAGCCACAAUAUUAUUAAAAAAUGAUUUUUAUGAUGAAUAGUAUUUUGUAUUUUGACAACGGCACCCGAUUUGGGCGUCGAAACGUUAAAUAAAAAUCAUUUUUUAAUAAUAUUGUGGCUUAUUUCCCAUUAUAAAUAGUUAAAAAAUAUUUCAUCUUUAUAUCAUCAUAAAAAUCGCUAGCAGUAACAAUUUCCUGUAACUCAGCCUCAGUAAGAUAUUUGCGGGCCAUAUCUUAUAUGUACACAAAAUACUAAGAUACUAUAAUAAUAUACGCCAGGAAAUAAUAAUAAUGACUAACUGUAGCAGACAGGAAUGUCAUGAUUCGUGCAUAACAGGCACCACAGUCUAAAAAUAGAUGUUGAUAACGCGCAGUGUAAAACUACUUGGAAUUCCACAUAAUAGACGGUAUUUUACUAAACAUCAACUUCAGAAUAUAUUUUUUAUUCGUAAAAUAUAGGGAUUUUUUUUUAUUUCAAAAUAUGAGGAUAUUUAGAAUGAUAUUAAAGUCAAAUAAAAAAAUAAUGAGUUAAAAAUUGAAAAUACUUUUGAAUUUAUUAAAGAAAAACAUACGCUGGUGUCCAAAUUUACCCCCUUGGUCAUCCGAAGGUUAAAAGAAAAUUCAAAGAAGAUAAAUAUUACUCAACCUUACACCCUCCGUUACUCGCACACGGUGUAUGAGACCGGGUCUCUAAAUAACUUCCUAUAACUGAUUGUAGUGGAUAUUUUGAAUUGAUACUGCAUAUACCUCUUCAGUCAUUAGUCAACUCUGUGUGAAGUCCACGUGCAGUGUAAAAAAGAGUGUUGUACUUUUAUUAUUGGGCAACACCUAUUAAUUAGUAAGGUAAUUAAAAGUAAUAAUUUUUAAUUAGUUAGGUAAUUUAAGACCUUUUUCUUAUUUUUAAUGCUUAUAUAUUUGUUUAUUUAUAUUUAGAUAUGGAUUUCGAUAAGGAGAAACAAAGAUUAUUAAAAUUAUUUGAGGAAGUAUCGACUGACGAAGAAACGUAUGAAGAUGGUAAUUAACAAAUUUACUUUCUGUUAAAGUAAUAUAAUGUUGACACAAGCGCAUAUCUUCAAAAUUAUAUGAUCAUAUAUUCAUUAAAUAAUAUAAUUGUACACAAUUUUGCUAAAAAUUUUUUUUUCUAAUAUUGCUGACCCAUAUUUUUGGACCCGGUCCUCUGCACCGUGCGCGAGUAUUCGAUCACAAAAAAUUGGCGCGAGUAACGGAAGACAGGCAUGAAAAAUUUAGAUAACAUAAGCCUAGAGGUAAAGUCUUGAUAAUAACUUAUUUAAAGACUGUACAAGAAUGUCAAAUAAAAAAUAUACGAUAUUGCGUAAAAAACAAACUAUUUCACCAGUUUAACAUCGACAGUAUCACUUUUAAUUUUUUUUGUGUCAUUUUUUGCGUGCGUUCUUAAACUUCUGAAUUUUUGUACGCUUCAUUACUCGAAAUAUCAAAGUUUUCACCGACAGUUAGUUUUUUUUUCAUUUGGAUCUUUAUAUAUUCCAUUUUCUACAUUCCACAACUCAAGGCGUAAUUGCAUUUAGUUAAUAAAUAAUAUAUAAUCCUCUCAUUGGACCAAUUGUUAGUCAUUUUAUUCCUUCAAAGUUUUCCAAAACAACAAAUCACCAAAACAAGGUAAAUAUUGCCUGUAAGUAUUUUUCCUUGCCAAGCCAGGUUCUUGCAACUAUUGUAAAGCAAUACGGCGAUACCAAAACUGUGUGAUGCAUUUCUCUAGAUUGCAUUUAUUUACAGAAAUACGAGACUCUCCUUGAAAGAGAAGGAUUCUCGGCCAAUAGUUGUCGAUCGCUGACGUUUGGUGCAUGCGUACUUCUUUGCGACAGUGUUAGAACAAUAAAAAGCGUACGUCCCCGGCACUCCCCGGUGUCGCUUCGUUCCGUUCUAUGAUAAACUAGCCAAUGCUUUCCAUAUCAGACGAUUCUUAACGUGCCCCGUAAGGCAGUCGUGUCCCCCACGUCCCCGUUCUAACAUAAAUCAGCCUUUAGUCUUGUUUAACUCAUGUUCAAGAGACUUGACCGUGUUUGAUUCGUUGUAAUAACAUAUGCCAUCCAAAAUGCACGUUUAAUUAUAUAGAAAACCAAUUACGACAAAAUAUCACUAAUAAACAAAUAGAGGAAGAUAUAAGAAAGAAAAGUAGUAGCACUUAAUGUGACUAGAGAUAUACAAUACAUAUUUGUAGAUAAUUUUGAGACAUCGGGGAAGAGUUAACCAGAACAGUGACUUGGAUUUUUAUUGAUAUUUUUAGGUUUAGCUUUAAUAUUAUCUGUUGUAGUUUCAAUUAUUAACGGAAAAUCCUAAAUAAGAUAUUUGAGUUUUUAGUAAGUUUGGCUCAAAGAUCAAAAAUGAGCAAAAACGACCAUAAGGCGUUUGAAUUUCUAUUUGUAAGAAAAAACGCAGAAUUAUCAAAAUGGUAUGAAUAAAACGCACAUGACAGUUUAUUCUUCCAGUAGAAACAGUGUUUUAAAGAAAAAUUAAACAAUACUGUGAAAAUCUUGAAAAUUAAAGGCAGUUUUAUUGUUUGCUAAAGACAGAGUUUUUUAGUUUUAAGCACGUCCAGUUUUGCUAUUAUGGUAUAUUUACCAUUUAAUAAUUAGUUUCGCCAUCAAUUAUUAUUUCCCAAAGGUUUACAUACAUAUAUAAGAAACUUGUCUCUGCUGGGAGCUUAACAUAGUGCCAUUUUGUAUUACGGUUCUGUAUUAUUGUUUUUUUUAUUAGAACGCUUUUUGGACGUUUUUUAUACUGGCAUUAUGCAGUUUAAUAAAAUUAUCCUAAUAAAAAUACCCUUAUUA